GCAUUGGUGCCGGGCGUCCGAGGCGACAAUGGCGACAACGUUUUGCCAAUUAAAAAGGUCGUCUUGCUGUUGCUGCGUGUUUUGCAGCGGUUGCUGGGCAUGCCGGACAAGGUCCUGUACCCGGCCACCAAUGCCAAUUUUCAAGGCCCGCGUGUGUUUGACUUCCAAGCAUUCACUGCGCUACAUGCUCACCAAAGGCAAAUCCGCCAGAAAUAUGCCGGCAGCGGGGCCCCUGCGGCUGUGGAGGAGAGCCUUUUCUUGGCACAGAUGUGGGAAGAUGAAUUUCUGUUGACAUACACGUUCCAUCCGUCGGAGUUUGAGCACCUGAAAUCGUCGGAGUCCCUGCGGGAUGCGUACCACAGAUUUGAGGAGCCGAUCAUAUUUGCAUUUGUUUGGUGUGUCAGUAGCGAAUAG